AUGACUACCUGUAUUGUCCACUUUACCCUCUACUUAGACGCUGAGCUGGACAGAGAGGUCAUCGCACCCAAGAAGGAGAGAUGCGUCAAGAAACAGAAGGAGCACCUGGACACCUACGACCCCGCCGUUGCGAGGGACGUCACCGACCUUCUCAUCCGGGCGCUUCAGGAGACACCAGAUGAAGAGAAGGAAGCGGUGGUUCAAGAACUCGUUCACGUUGCUCUGACCGGAACGCUAGAUCUGGAGGACAUGAACAAUCUUCCAUUCAUGGAGGCCUGCCUUGUGGAGAUGAUGUGUCACUCGUGUAUCUUCCCUUUCGCCUUGCCGCACAGCAAAACAAAGGACACGUCACUGAAGAAUUACCACAUCCCCAAUAAAACGCUGAUCUUUGUUAACAUGUGGUCAGUCAGCCAUGACAAGGACCUGUUUCCUGAUCCAGACAGGUUUGACCCCUACCGUUUCCUUGAUGACACUGGACGCCGAAUUGAUAAGGCAAAAACUGAAUUCUUCCUCCCGUUUGGAGUCGACCGUCGACGAUGUCCCGGGGAACAGUUGGCAAAGAUCGAACUGUUUCUGUUCUUUGCUACCAUGAUGCUGUAA